AAUUAGAUCAAUUUAAUCAAAUCCAAAGCCAUGGAGGAUCAUAUCAUCUUGUAUUUCAUCUCUUUCAGCUCUGCUCCUCCUCCUCCUCCUCCUCCUAGCCUUCAAGACGGUCCAGUCAUCUCCCUUCCAUUCGGGCCUCUUCUUGCUCUUCUCGUCUCAUCAGCAUCAGCCAUUAGAGAAUGCUUCACCAGGAACGAUGUUGUUUCAUCGGAUUGUCGGGAGUCACUCUUUAGCAAGUAUAUAGUCUACAAUCACACUACGAUAGUGACCUCAUCACAUAACGACCAUUGCGGCAACCUCCGCCGCAUUGCUUCCGUUGAAAUCUUAUCCACCAGCAGCCUCAACAAGUUUCUUGAAAUACGAAAAGACGAUGUUAAGCGAAUGGUGGCGGGAAAACGGUAUUACGAUAAGAACGCGGCUGAUUAUGAAGAAGCAAGAAGGUUCAAGGAGCUGAUAGCAGAAACGGCACAAAUUGGUGCAGUGGGGAAACCUGCAAAUGUUUUGCCGAUCUUAAAAUGGAUUGGGAAUUACGAAAAGAGAGUUAGAAAUAUUGCUAAGAGAAUGGAUGGAUUCUUACCAGGUUUGGUUGAUGAGCGCUGCAACAAGAAGGAGGAAAACACAAUGAUUGAUCAUCUUCUUUCUUUGCAAAAAUCAGAGCCCGAGUAUUACACUGAUGAAAUCAUAAAAGGGCUUGUUAUGACUUUCAUUCUUGUAGGAGUAGAUAUAUCUGAGGUGACAUUAGAAUGGGCAAUGUCUGAUUUACUGAACCAUCCAGAGGUACUAAAUAAAGCUAGAGAAGAGAUUGAUGCCCAAGUGGGUGAAGAAAGGCUAAUUGAUGAAGCAGAUGUUGCAAAGCUUCAUUACCUUCAAAAGAUCAUGCGGAAGUCACUCCGUCUUCACCCAGCAACACCACUUCUCAUCCCACAUAUGGCGUCUGCUGAUGGCACAAUUGGCGGCUAUGACGACAGUUUUAGGCCGGAGAGGUUUGAGAAGGAAGAGAAGGAGAGAUAUAAGUUGCUGCCUUUUGGGUUGGGUAGAAGGGCUUGUCCUUGGGAAGGGUUUCCCCAGCGGAUGGUCAGCUUGACUUUGGGGUCAAUGAUUCAGUGCUUUCAGUGGAAGAGAAUGAGUGAGGAGAAAAUUGACAUGAUUGAAGGAGGAGGACUUACAAUGCCCAAGGCCCAGCCACUAGAAGCUAUGUGCAAAGUUCAACCCAUGCAUUGUUCACAAGGCUUUAUACGGGGUUGAGUAGAAUUGAUGAAUCUUUUUGGUUACGGUGAAGAGUCAUAUCAUGUUACAGGAGGGGGAAAAAAAUGAAAGAAAUAAAUAAAAAGAGAUACGUAUUGUAAAAGAAAAAAAGAGUCGUGUUUGUUAACGAGAAAUGUAUUCGUAUGUUGUAUUAUAUUGUUAGUAUUGUAAUUAGGUCAAAUUAAAAUUGUUAUGGCGAU